GCACAGAGGCUCACGGCGGCCAUUUCUUGUUUCAUGUCUGACAGACACCACGUCGCGAGUGCGCCCGCCUGUCCGGGAGCGCGCACGCACGCGUCGCUAGCGUCCAGCCCAGUGACCCGGAGGCUACGAGUUGCAGUUGCUUAGAGUCCUGAGGUAAUGCCCCGGGAGGCUGCUGGCCGGGAGGCGGCGGAGGAGCCGAGCGUCGCGGAGGCGAUGGAGGCCGAGCGGCCGCGGCCCGUGCUCCGCUCCGUGAACUCGCGCGAGCCCUCUCAGGUCAUCUUCUGCAACCGCAGCCCGCGCGUCGUUUUGCCUGUGUGGCUCAACUUCGACGGCGAGCCGCAGCCUUACCCGACGCUGCCUCCCGGCACUGGCCGCCGCAUCCACAGCUACCGAGGUCACCUUUGGCUCUUCAGAGAUGCAGGGACUCACGAUGGUCUUCUGGUUAACCAAACUGAGCUGUUUGUGCCAUCUCUCAAUGUGGAUGGACAGCCUAUUUUUGCCAAUAUCACACUGCCAGUAUAUACCCUGAAAGAGCGGUGCCUUCAGGUUGUGCGGAGCCUGGUCAAGCCUGAGAACUACAGGAGGCUGGACAUCGUCAGGUCACUCUAUGAAGAUCUAGAAGACCACCCAAAUGUGCGGAAAGACAUACAGCGGCUGACCCAAGAGCACGUUGAAAACCAGCACUUACAAGAGGAGACUGAAGGAUUUAAUUGUAAUUAGCAUUCUUGCAUCUCAGUAUUUGGUGGUUCUGAGUCCUGAUCUACAUGUAGGACAGGUCACUUUCCUUCGUUUUCAGUGUUUCAUUCUUGGAGUAAAAUAUACUCCAUCCUUCAAAAGAAAGUUAACUGAUAUCACUGGGCUUUGUGAUGUUUAAGGGCAAACAUCACAAAGCAUCACUGAAUCCUUGUCCUUUCUAGAAGCACUCGUGAGAAGAAAGUGGUUGAGUUUUUGCCUCCUGGUAAGUCAGGAAAGCUCCAUUGUAAGGAUGUUUGUGUAGGUAAUUCAGUGAAUAGUGCAGUGUGUUCUUUAACACAAGAAAAUGGCAUCUGCUUUUAGCAGAUGGCUAUGUGCCAGUGUCCUGCCUUUGGAAGUCUGAGGUGUCCCUGAGGCAGGGACAGGUCUUGCUCCUUUUAGAGGCCCCAGAGCCUAAUGUAUCAUGAGCCUUCAGUCCAUGUGUGUUAGAUGAACAGUGUUCGGAGGGUCCAGCCUCUUUGUUUAAAGAAAGCCUUAAAAUGUACAAGAACACUGUAGAGUUUUGUUUUUAGAAAGCACUUUUUCUAGUUUUCCAAGUUCUUAGCACUUUUCUUUUUUCCAUUCUUUUAUGGGUUUGUUUUGUUUUGUUGAGACAGUGUCUCAAGUAGCCCAGACUGGCCUCAUACUCACUUUAUAGAUGAUGCUGGCCUUGAUCUCUUGACCCUCCUGCAUCCACUACCCAAGCUUUGGGAGCAAGCGUGUGCUACUACGGCCUGUACUUUCCUUUUUUUGAGACAGAGUCUCAUACUGUAGCCCUGAUUGUCCUCCAGCUUUCAUCAGUCUUCCUCCUUCCUGUUCACUCUUGUACAAUACUCCUGUUUACGAACUAGGAUGCCUUCCACAGUUAGAGUUUCAUAAGUGUUUUCUGUGCACUUGACUUGUACAGAAAAUAGAAAAGAGUCAUCCCCAUAAUUUAAUUGUAGUUUUGAAGAGCCCCUAUGCUGUAAGCUGUUGACAGGAGUGGGUGUUUCUGUCCUUUUUGUAAAUCCCUGGCAUUUCCAUUAGGUUCAACAUAUUCUGUCAGCAGGACCUGGACACACUUAUCACCCAGGGGGAGAAGAGACUAAACAUCUCCUCAGCCAUACACUCCCAACAGUGGGUUCACAGAUCAGCCUGGAAAGGUUCACAGUUUUAUGGAGGUCGCAUCCUUUUUUAACAGGCUGGAUUGAAAGUUGUUAAUUCAAAUUCAUUACUUGUAACUAAUAUUUUCUUUAAAUCUCCCCAGUAGAGAAAAAUUUAGAAAAGUCUGAGGGUAGCCAGGGGUGUGGUGGUGCAUGCCUUUAAUCCCAGGCCAGCCUGGUUCUACAUAGUGAAGCCCAGGUCACCUUGGGCUAGAGGGAGACCCUGUCUCCAAAAAAAGACUGAGUGUGAUGGCUCACACCACAGAGGAGAGUAAAGGAAAGGGAAGAAGAAAGAUCCCUGCAGACUCACUGGGCACACAGCUGCUGUUUGUUGAAGUGUUCUCUUAUAGGGCAUGUUUGAUUGGUUGAACCAGUUUGACAUUUUAGAUCAGUGUAUUCAGUUUGUAGCCUACUUUUUCAUUCAA